UAGUAUUUGUGCGCCGCUGACUUUGUAACGUUCGGAAAAACUCCAAGCUGAAACUUGUAACAAUUUGGUGUGUUGAGCAAGUGCAAAAAUUUCGCAAGAACAAACAUAAUUACUGAGUUUGGGUAAUAAAUAAUUGCGUCGAGUUGUUGAAGUGUAUUGUGAAAGUGUACGAACUAUAUAAGGAAUUGGCAGUCAGUGGAUUAAGUAUUGUAAAAUCUUUAUAAUGGGAUCUAUACCGAAAUUAUCAAUUGUGAAAGGUCAACAACAGGACAUUACACCRCGUCCAUUGCAUCGCAUUCUCGAAGCCAAUUUGCUGCAUUACUCACACAAGAGCGCGCUAAUAACACACAACAACGGCGAAUCCAUUGCCUCAGAGUCCACACAGUGCACCUACAAGCAGUUAAAUCAGCGCGCCAAUCAAUGUGCACGUCUGCUAGUAGCUGAUAUUAAACGUAAUUGCCUGCAGCCUAACAACGAUGGUGAUUACAUUGUGGCGGUAUGCAUGGAGCCGUCCGAUGUGCUUGUCAAUACACUUCUCUCGAUUUGGAAAGCCGGUGCUGCUUAUCUACCAAUAGAUCCGACAUUUCCGAACAAUCGCAUACAACACAUAUUGCAGGAAUCACGUCCCGUUAUAGUGAUAUGCGAUGACAAUAUCGACCGUCAACGCUUUAACGGUACACCGACCAUCAGCAGCUCKGAGCUUUUCCAUCGUUCGGCCGAAUUGAGUAACGCUAAUUUGAUGCCGGCCGAGAUGCUGACCGAUGGUACUAAUAACUUGGCAAUUGUGCUUUACACAUCGGGCAGCACUGGCGUACCMAAGGGUGUGCGUCUACCACACGAGAUAAUCUUGAACCGCUUGCAAUGGCAAUGGCAUACAUUUCCCUAURCGCCGACUGAGUCCGUGUGCGUUUUCAAGACCGCACUCACCUUUGUUGAUUCGAUAUCGGAAUUAUGGGGACCGCUUCUGUGUGGUCUUUCUAUUUUGGUUGUUCCAAAAUCGAUWACUAAAGAUCCGGAGCGUUUGGUUAAUUUGCUGGAGAAAUACAAAAUACGUCGUUUAGUUUUGGUGCCGACACUUUUACGUUCGAUUUUGAUGUUUUUGAAGUUGAAUGAUGACAAUACUAAAUGCCAAAUGUUGCAGCGCGAUCGUCUACUGUAUAAUUUGAAGAUUUGGGUUUGUUCCGGUGAACCAUUACCGGUAGCUUUGGCUAUGAGUUUCUUCGACUAUUUUUCCGAAGGCAUACAUACGCUAUACAAUUUUUAUGGAUCGACCGAAGUGAUGGGCGAUGUCACUUAUUUUGCUUGUGAAAGCAAGAAGCAAUUAAGCUACUUCGAUCAUGUGCCGAUUGGUAUUCCACUUUCAAACACUGUGAUAUAUUUACUUGACGGUGAUUUUCGACCAGUYAAACAAGGAGAAAUUGGCGAAAUUUUCGUUUCGGGUCUAAAUCUAGCCGAAGGUUAUGUAAACGGUAGAGAUCCAGAAAAGUUCGUGGAAAACCCCUUGGCUGUGGAAUUAAAGUACUCACGCCUCUAUCGCACCGGUGAUUACGGCUCUUUACGUAACGGCAAUGUAAUGUACGAAGGACGCACUGACUCGCAAAUAAAAAUUCGUGGUCAUCGUGUUGAUCUUGCCGAAGUUGAGAAGAACGUUUCAGAAUUACCAUUCGUCGAUAAAGCGAUCGUAUUGUGCUAUCAUGCUGGMAAAAUUGAUCAAGCAAUUCUGGCUUUCGUAAAAUUACGCGACGAUUCACCACUACUGAGCGAAAUGCAAAUUGAAGCGAAAUUGAGGGACAAACUUGCUGAGUAUAUGACACCACAAGUGGUUCUAAUCGACAAGGUGCCCUACCUUGUCAACGGUAAAGUAGAUCGGCAGGCACUACUAAAAACUUACGAGACGGCAAAUAAUAACGAAGGUGACUCCAGCAUUGUACUGGACUACGACUAUACGCACGUGCCCGAAGAUAUCGAGCAUAUAGCCAGAGAUCUUUUUGAGACUGUGGGUGGUGUGAUUGGGCGCUCAACACGCACUACUCUAUCGCUCCACAGCAACUUUUAUGCGUUGGGCGGAAACUCAUUGAAUUCCAUUUAUACAGUUACGUUGCUGCGUGAGAAGGGCUACAAUGUUGGCAUAUCCGAAUUUAUUGCGGCUAAAGAUUUGGGUGAAAUAUUGGAGAAAAUGGUACAUAACCGUAAUUCGAAUGCAAUGAUCGAGGACUGGUCGAAUGCUGCACCACAUCUCAACAUGAUCGCUGAACCGCUUAGCCAUGCGCAUAAGCAAGACGUAAUUGAAAUCAUCGUUGACAGCUUCUAUGGUAAGGCGGAUCUGGAGCAAUGGCUAAAACCUGACAUUUUUCCAAAUGAUUACAGUGAUCUAAUCAAUGAUAUAUGGGAUGCUUUGGUAGAAAAGAACCUAAGUUUGGUGGUACGUGAUAAGCGCACGGAUCGUAUAAUUGGUACGGCAUUGAAUUUCGAUGCACGCGCUGAGCCAGACGUUGAAGUGAAAUCGAAAUUGAUUAUCGUUUUUGAGUUUUUGGAAUUCGUUGAAGGUCCUAUACGGGACAAUCAACUGCCGAAAGGACCCAACCAAAUACUGCACUCAUUCAUGAUGGGCACCAGCUCCGAUUUAAAUCCACAAGAGAAUAUUGCCUGCAUGCAUUUCAUGGAAAAUGAAGUGCUGCGCGUUGCUAGAGAGAAGCACUUCGCUGGCAUUUUAACAACCAAUACGAGUCCCUUAACGCAGCAAUUGGGCAACGAUGUCUAUCAGUACAAAACAUUGCUGGACUACCAGGUCAAUCAAUAUGURUACAACGAUGGCACURUACCCUUUGGCAAAGCGCCCGAUUCGCAACGUGCCAUUGUCCAUUGGCGCGAAGUGACUGACUGAGGUGURGCGUAGCGCAUCAUCGUUAUCAUAUUUAUACAUUUUGUUAGUGAUUUUCCAUAAUUUCUUGAUUUCAAGCAUUAGUAUUUACGCUKCGACGUUCUAUCAAACGACUACUUGCGUUAAAAUUGAGCUUURUGUAGUUAAUUUCGAGAAUUUUGGUGGCUCCGCAACGCACACUGGAAGUCACCUUUUGUUCUCUCACCUCAUUUGUUGAUAUGGAAAUCAAGUUUAGCAUUAAGCAAUUGAAUAUCAGUGCGCGUUUUCAUAAUUUUACAUAGUAUUAUUUUAUUUGUUACAUAAAUAUGUUAUUUUACACAUACAUACCAUUAUUAUAGUUCGCAACUCUCAUGGAAUGGAGUUUUCAUCUUGCAUGUACCUGUUGAAUAAAAAAUAAAUCAUCCAUAUUUAUAUAUU